GUUUGACAUCCCUGAUCUAAAGUGUUGAUGUUCCAAAGUGUUGAUGUUCUAGUGUUGAUGUUCCAGUGUUCCGUCAGCAGAUAGGAGGAGAACACUAACAGCUGCUGAAUUAUUGAUGAGCAGAGACUGAGGUUUAUCCAUCAGUGGAUCUGCUGAUGCAGCUUCAGGGAAACGUCUCUACCUGAUCAUCCAUCAACCUUCUGUUAGCGUCUGUUAGCAUCUGUUAGCUUCUGUUAGCUUCUCUUAGCUUCUUUUAGCUUCUAUUAGCUUCUGUUAACUUCUGUCAAAUCACCACUAAUAAACUAUUUAAUGUGAGGAAACCCCAGCAGUAGGAGCGUUUGGUGGCAGGAAGUCGUGGUUCUACAGCUUCAACAGAAUCAGAUGAUGUGUGUUUGUAUGUUUGACGGAUUUAAUGUGAGUCUGAGAACAACCAUCUGGAUCCAGAGAGCAGCUUCAGGUCCUCAGGUCUUCUAAAUUCCCCAAGCGGAGGAAGGAAACUCUGCGUUUAGUCUCAUUUGUGCCGCGUUAAUUGGACGGACUGUGAAGUUUGGCUCUCCUAUCUGCUGCCUGCAGCUGAGUGUAGAUGUGAGUAUUGAGGCCGGUAAUUAGGUGAAGCCCUGCUGCGAGCGCUGACCCACAUUCAGUCCAGCGCUGACCGGAGACCAGAGCAGCUCCAUCCAGGCGUGGACCAAUCAGGACUAAGCUCUCCACGGAGGGUACAAACAGCAGCAGAUAUCUAGAUGUUCAACCUGCCUGAUGGAGAUGAUCAGCAGCAGAUCUGAAGGACAAAGACUGUCAUCAGUCUCACAACAAUAAAAUAAAUACAUGAAGCACACAGAACCCAUAGAAAGCCCUGACUCCUUCUUUUAGUGCUUUUCAACAUUAAAUCAUGGUCUUGAUGUCAAUAAUUUAGUUUAUAGAUGCUCUUUGGUCUCAUUUUUGUUGCUUUGUGUCAUUUUUGUCUUUUUAUGUUGUUUUUGCCGUUUUCUGUCUCGUUUUUGUCAUUUUGUGUCACUUUUGUUGUUUUCGGUCUCAAUUUGUCAUUUUCUGUCUUGUUUUUGUCGUUUUGUGUCUCGUUUUUGUUGUUUUAUCUCAUUCAUAAGUCCUUUUCAACAUUGAAUCAUGGUCUUUAUGUCAAGAUUUUAUUUUCUAAAUGCUCUUUUAUAUCAAAAUGAAAACAGAUGUCAGCUAAUUAAACACACAAACAGUAAACUAAGUGUUAGUAUCAGUAUGAACCUGGUUUAAAGUGACUCUGAUGGAACUGAGCUGCAGCCAGUUGGUCCAGAAGUCUUUAAUGGAUGAUCUGAGGUCAGUGGUUGGAGGAUAAAGAUCCUGGAUCUGAAGGUUCAGUCUCUGGUGGAUCAGAAGUCCUGGAUGGAACUACACCAUGAAGACUGAAGAUCCAAGAAACUCUCAGGAAAGGAUAUUGAAAAGCAUCAGUCAGAACGAUACAAGAACAUUUAAAGUUCUCCUGGAGUCCAGUUAAAUCCGUCAUUAAGAAAUGGAAGGAAGAUGGAACAUGAAUAAAUAUGACUAGAGUAGGACGUCCUCAAGACCUGAGAGACGAGAGAGGGAGGCCACCAAGACUCUAUGACUCCUCUGAAGGAGAAGAGACUUUUUGUUGCUGGUUGCUGUGUUGCUGGUUGUUGUGUUGCUGGUUGCUGUGUUGCUGGUUGCUGUGUUCCUGGUUGUUGUGUUCCUGGUUGUUGUGUUGCUGGUUGUUGUGUUCCUGGUUGUUGUGUUCCUGGUUGUUGUGUUCCUGGUUGUUGUGUUGCUGGUUUCUGUGUUGCUGUUUUUUGUUCCUGGUUGUUGUGUUGCUGGUUUUUGUUGCUGGUUGCUGUGUUGCUGGUUUCUGUGUUCCUGGUUGUUGUGUUGCUGGUUGUUGUGUUGCUGGUUGCUGUGUUCCUGGUUGUUGUGUUGCUGGUUGUUGUGUUGCUGGUUGCUGUGUUCCUGGUUGUUGUGUUGCUGGUUGCUGUGUUCCUGGUUGUUGUGUUGCUGGUUGUUGUGUUGCUGGUUGUUGUUGUGUUGCUGGUUGUUGUGUUCCUGGUUGUUGUGUUCCUGGUUGUUGUGUUGGUGGUUGCUGUGUUGCUGGUUGUUGUGUUGCUGGUUGUUGUUGUGUUGCUGGUUGUUGUGUUCCUGGUUGUUGUGUUCCUGGUUGCUGUGUUCCUGGUUGUUGUGUUCCUGGUUGCUGUGUUCCUGGUUGUUGUGUUGCUGGUUGUUGUGUUGCUGGUUGUUGUGUUCCUGGUUGUUGUGUUCCUGGUUGCUGUGUUCCUGGUUGUUGUGUUCCUGGUUGUUGUGUUCCUGGUUGUUGUGUUCCUGGUUGUUGUGUUGCUGGUUUUUGUUGCUGGUUGCUGUGUUCCUGGUUGUUGUGUUGCUGGUUGUUGUGUUGCUGGUUGCUGUGUUGCUGGUUGCUGUGUUCCUGGUUGUUGUGUUCCUGGUUGUUGUGUUGCUGGUUGUUGUGUUCCUGGUUGUUGUGUUCCUGGUUGUUGUGUUCCUGGUUGUUGUGUUGCUGGUUUUUGUUGCUGGUUGCUGUGUUCCUGGUUGUUGUGUUGCUGGUUGUUGUGUUCCUGGUUGUUGUGUUCCUGGUUGUUGUGUUGCUGGUUUCUGUGUUGCUGUUUUUUGUUCCUGGUUGUUGUGUUGCUGGUUUUUGUUGCUGGUUGCUGUGUUGCUGGUUUCUGUGUUCCUGGUUGUUGUGUUGCUGGUUGUUGUGUUGCUGGUUGCUGUGUUGCUGGUUGUUGUUGUGUUGCUGGUUGCUGUGUUCCUGGUUGCUGUGUUCCUGGUUGUUGUGUUCCUGGUUGUUGUGUUGCUGGUUUUUGUUGCUGGUUGCUGUGUUCCUGGUUGUUGUGUUGCUGGUUGCUGUGUUGCUGGUUGCUGUGUUGCUGGUUGCUGUGUUCCUGGUUGUUGUGUUGCUGGUUGCUGUGUUCCUGGUUGUUGUGUUCCUGGUUGUUGUGUUCCUGGUUGCUGUGUUCCUGGUUGUUGUGUUGCUGGUUGCUGUGUUCCUGGUUGUUGUGUUGCUGGUUGUUGUGUUGCUGGUUGUUGUUGUGUUGCUGGUUGUUGUGUUCCUGGUUGUUGUGUUCCUGGUUGUUGUGUUGGUGGUUGCUGUGUUGCUGGUUGUUGUGUUGCUGGUUGUUGUUGUGUUGCUGGUUGUUGUGUUCCUGGUUGUUGUGUUCCUGGUUGCUGUGUUCCUGGUUGUUGUGUUCCUGGUUGUUGUGUUGCUGGUUGUUGUGUUGCUGGUUGUUGUGUUCCUGGUUGCUGUGUUCCUGGUUGCUGUGUUCCUGGUUGUUGUGUUCCUGGUUGUUGUGUUCCUGGUUGUUGUGUUGCUGGUUUUUGUUGCUGGUUGCUGUGUUCCUGGUUGUUGUGUUGCUGGUUGCUGUGUUGCUGGUUGCUGUGUUGCUGGUUGUUGUGUUCCUGGUUGUUGUGUUGCUGGUUGUUGUGUUCCUGGUUGUUGUGUUCCUGGUUGUUGUGUUCCUGGUUGUUGUGUUGCUGGUUGUUGUGUUGCUGGUUGCUGUGUUGCUGGUUGCUGUGUUGCUGGUUGCUGUGUUCCUGGUUGUUGUGUUCCUGGUUGUUGUGUUGCUGGUUGUUGUGUUCCUGGUUGUUGUGUUCCUGGUUGUUGUGUUCCUGGUUGUUGUGUUGCUGGUUUUUGUUGCUGGUUGCUGUGUUGCUGGUUGUUGUGUUGCUGGUUUUUGUUGCUGGUUGUUGUGUUGCUGGUUGUUGUGUUGCUGGUUGCUGUGUUGCUGGUUGUUGUUGUGUUCCUGGUUGUUGUGUUCCUGGUUGUUGUGUUCCUGGUUGCUGUGUUCCUGGUUGUUGUGUUGCUGGUUGCUGUGUUCCUGGUUGUUGUGUUGCUGGUUGUUGUGUUGCUGGUUGUUGUGUUGGUGGUUGCUGUGUUGCUGGUUGUUGUUGUGUUGCUGGUUGUUGUGUUGCUGGUUGUUGUGUUCCUGGUUGUUGUGUUCCUGGUUGUUGUGUUCCUGGUUGCUGUGUUCCUGGUUGUUGUGUUCCUGGUUGUUGUGUUGCUGGUUGUUGUGUUGCUGGUUGUUGUGUUCCUGGUUGCUGUGUUCCUGGUUGCUGUGUUCCUGGUUGCUGUGUUCCUGGUUGUUGUGUUCCUGGUUGCUGUGUUCCUGGUUGUUGUGUUGCUGGUUGUUGUGUUGCUGGUUGUUGUGUUGGUGGUUGCUGUGUUGCUGGUUGUUGUUGUGUUGCUGGUUGUUGUGUUCCUGGUUGUUGUGUUCCUGGUUGCUGUGUUCCUGGUUGUUGUGUUGCUGGUUUCUGUGUUGCUGUUUUUUGUUCCUGGUUGUUGUGUUGCUGGUUUUUGUUGCUGGUUGCUGUGUUGCUGGUUUCUGUGUUCCUGGUUGUUGUGUUGCUGGUUGUUGUGUUGGUGGUUGCUGUGUUGCUGGUUGUUGUUGUGUUGCUGGUUGCUGUGUUCCUGGUUGUUGUGUUCCUGGUUGUUGUGUUCCUGGUUGUUGUGUUCCUGGUUGUUGUGUUCCUGGUUGCUGUGUUCCUGGUUGUUGUGUUGCUGGUUGUUGUGUUGCUGGUUGUUGUGUUGGUGGUUGCUGUGUUGCUGGUUGUUGUUGUGUUGCUGGUUGUUGUGUUCCUGGUUGUUGUGUUCCUGGUUGCUGUGUUCCUGGUUGUUGUGUUGCUGGUUUCUGUGUUGCUGUUUUUUGUUCCUGGUUGUUGUGUUGCUGGUUUUUGUUGCUGGUUGCUGUGUUGCUGGUUUCUGUGUUCCUGGUUGUUGUGUUGCUGGUUGUUGUGUUGGUGGUUGCUGUGUUGCUGGUUGUUGUUGUGUUCCUGGUUGUUGUGUUCCUGGUUGUUGUGUUCCUGGUUGCUGUGUUCCUGGUUGCUGUGUUCCUGGUUGCUGUGUUCCUGGUUGUUGUGUUGCUGGUUUUUGUUGCUGGUUUUUGUUGCUGGUUGCUGUGUUGCUGGUUGUUGUGUUGCUGGUUUUUGUUGCUGGUUGUUGUGUUGCUGGUUGUUGUGUUGCUGGUUGUUGUGUUGCUGGUUGCUGUGUUGCUGGUUGUUGUUGUGUUCCUGGUUGUUGUGUUCCUGGUUGUUGUGUUGCUGGUUUUUGUUGCUGGUUUCUGUGUUGCUGGUUGUUGUGUUGCUGGUUUUUGUUGCUGGUUGUUGUGUUGCUGGUUGUUGUGUUGCUGGUUGCUGUGUUGCUGGUUGUUGUUGUGUUCCUGGUUGUUGUGUUCCUGGUUGCUGUGUUCCUGGUUGUUGUGUUGCUGGUUUCUGUGUUGCUGUUUUUUGUUGCUGGUUGUUGUGUUGCUGGUUUCUCUGUUCCUGGUUGUUGUGUUGCUGUGUUCCUGGUUGUUGUGUUGCUGGUUGCUGUGUUGCUGGUUGUCGUCGGCUCCCUGAUGUUGAUCACAGUCUUCACCAGAUGGUGUUUGUCUCUGCAUCGUGAUGUGACUCAUCUCCUCUCUGACGGAGAACCAGGAGCUGCUCAGUCGACAGCUUCCUUUCUGGAAUCCUGAGGAGGAGGGAAUCCCUGAGAACCGGAGAACCUCGAGCUGAGAUGUUCCAUCUGAAUCUGAGUAUCUGCAGGUUGAUGCUGCCUUGAAUUAACAUCAGAAAUCAUCUGAAGACAUGAACUAGGAAUAAACCCUGAGAUGUUCCAGAUGUUCCUGAAUGGAUCCAGCAGCAGAUGGAACCACUGCAACCUGGUUAUUGAUACUAAAUGAUGAGAACAGAGAAGCUUCAUGUUCAUCUGAUUUGUAAAAUCUACCAGAACCAGAACUACUGAGGAACCAAACACAGAGCAGUUAGCUUCUGGUUCUAGAUGAUCCAGAUGUUGGUUGUGAAGUUUAAUCCACUUUUAGUUGAUCAGUUUGGACUAAAUGCUUCUUUAACAGGUAGUUUGGAGUCAACUGAGCUCAGUUUGUGGUUCCGUCUGAGCUCAGUUUGUGGUUCCGUCUGAACACAGUUUGUGGUUCCGUCUGAGCUCAGUUUGUGGUUCCGUCUGAACACAGUUUGUGGUUCCGUCUGAGCUCAGUUUGUGGUUCCGUCUGAGCUCAGUUUGUGGUUCCGUCUGAACACAGUUUGUGGUUCCGUCUGAGCUCAGUUUGUGGUUCUUUAUCACAGUUGUGUGGUUCUCUUUGUGUUGUGUGUCUUUGCUGUCGUUGUCUGUCUUUGUGUAGAACCAGAACCUCAUUCUGUUUGGUUCUGUUUAGUUCUGUUUGAAUCAGUCUAAUCAUUUAUUUUCUGUCUCGGUUCUGCUGUGUUCUAUCUGUUCUUCCUUUUGUUUCCAUUGAUCAUCGACUGUUUUCGUUCUGCGUCUCUUUGGAUUCGGUUUUGAGUUUUCCUGCUGAAGGAACUGACGGGUUCUUUAAGUCGGACGGAUCUGGAGUCCAGACUGCAGCUCUGAUGCUCUCAUGUGUAAAUCUGAAGCUACAGAUGGUCGGAUCACAUCUACAUCCUGAGAGCCGUGAAAACAGAUUGUCCAUCUCCAUCUAAAGCCCAGGAAAUCUGCUCCUCUGAAGCUCCUCAUUAACUCAUUAUUUCCUCCUGGUUUCAUUCACAACUAAACACUCGAGAGAACAGCACAGAGUUUCACUGGUUUAGAGAACUUCUACUGGUGGACUCCAUUAUUUCAAUGUAAAACCAAUGAAAUCUGAACGAACCUUCUCAGAUCAUCUGGUUCUUCAUCUCCGGUAACUUUAUUAAUGAUCAGGGUUCUACCUUCAGACUGGGAAUAUUUCCAGAGUUCCAGGUCCUUGAAGUCCAUCGAGGAGAACACGGAGAAAGUUCUAGAGAAGAUCUACUGACUACUGGACAGUUUUCGGUAGGUCUACUCUAGAACUUUCUCCAGCUGUCAGUAGGUCUACUCUAGAACUUUCUCCAGUUGUCAGUAGGUCUACUCUAGAACUUUCUCCAGUUGUCAGUAGGUCUACUCUAGAACUUUCUCCAGUUGUCAGUAGGUCUACUCUAGAUCUUUCUCCAGUUGUCGGUAGGUCUACUCUAGAAUUUUCUCCAACUGUCGGUAGGUCUACUCAGAACUUUCUCCAAGGGACGUUCUCCUUUCCUGCUUCCAGUCUUUAAGUUCAGUCUCACUUAGAACAUUCCAGGUCCUUGAAGUCCAUAGAGAUGGGUCCAGAUUUAUCUGUUUUUGAUGGACUUUUUCCAUCAUUUCUGGCUAGAAGAUGAUCCAGGUAUCAUAUGUAGGUGAAAUGAGACCAUCCAUGUCCUGCUGUCAGUUUUUACCAGAACUCCGUGUUCUUCCUGCUAAAAUGUCCCUGAUGAAGUUCUGAGGCUCUGAAAUGAUGACGCUGUAGAAGUUCUGUGGUCUGAUCCUGGUUUCAAGAUGACCUGCAGCUCCUCUCUGAAGCUCCUCAGCAGGUUUCACUCCGAUGUGUACCUGCUGAACUAAGUGGAGCACCACACCUGAGCUCAGGUAACCUCUGAACACCAGGAUGGUACACAUUCAGAGUAGAACCUCAGAACCUGUAACCUUGGUGCUCCAGUUCUUCUCUGGUUCUCUCGAAACAUAUCGUCUGAGGAAACAUCUGCUGCUGUUUCAGGAUCAGUUUGAAGCCGAUCCACUGAAACAGCAGAACAGAACUAAACUAGAACUCAGGUCUAGUCUGUUGUUCUGCAGAUGGAUUGAACAUGCAGGAGAACAUCAGGACUCACAGUCAAAGGGUUUUAUUGAACCUUCUACUGAUUAAACCCUGGAUCAGCUGAUAAAGUUCAUGAGAUGAUUCCAGUUUAAGUUAAAUCAAGUCGUCAGACUGAUGUCCAAAGUUAGAACAUCUGGGUUCAUUUGCUCUGGAGCUUCAGUCUGGGUUUUAUACUUUGGACAAAUACUAACCUCGUUUUUAAAGUCCUUCAGAGAUGUUUGAGUCGUUCUGGACAAAUACUAAUUCUGAGCAAAUUUCAAAUCAUCUGAGCAGUUUUUAAGUCAUUUUGGACAUGUUGGUUCCGUCAAUGUUCAGCAGUUUGUUCCAGAUGUUUCCAGGUGUUUCCUGGAGUGUAAAAGAAACCCAUUCUUUCCUUCCAGAACAGCAGGUAAUCCUGUCUGGACAAUUUUACUUACAGCAACAGGAAACCUUCGAGUUGCUCCUGAUACUGUCAACAUGUUCUGGGGGUCAGUUCUACUCUGGUUUGUUCUUGGUUCUGCUGUUUAGGAACAAUGAGUUCGACCAGAAUAAUGACCUGCCAGUUACGGGACGGAGCCUCAGUUCUGGUAGAACCUGUAGAGCCUGUAGGCUGGAUUUUCUUGAAGGUUUUCAAAUCUCAUCAGUGGCAGGUUUUUGAUGUUUUUUCUAAAGUAUAUUUUCUUAUUUGGUCUUGUUCUCCACAAUAAAUCCAAACCUGUUAGUUUCCCCGUUUCCUGGUUAACUUUUUUUAUUUAGAGUUUUAAAAUUUAAGUUAUUCAAAUUUCUUAUGAUUUUACUGUCAAUUCACUGCGAACAAGAAUAAAUGUAUAUAUUUAUAAUGUUAGGCUUGCUGGGUUUGGGUUUGUUUCCGUAGAGAUGCUUGCUUGUUUGUAUCGCGAGAUCUGACCUCACCGGCCACAGACUUCUUCUGUCCCCGCAGUCAGAGAGCCGAACACGGACAGCGGCGCUCUGCCUGCUGCCGGAUGGAUCUAGAACUGUCUGAUCUUCUGAUGCCAACAUGCCCAAAGACAGCCAAGCCAGGAGGUUGCAAAACCGCAACGCCAUGCGACUCGCUAGAGCAGCCGAGUCAGAGGAAGCUCGAGAAGCUCGUCGAGCUCGUGAUCGGUUGCGUCAGAGACUCACUAGAGCCACCGAAUCGGACGAAGCUCGAGAAGCUCGUCAAGCUCGUCAAGCUCGUGAUUGGUUGCGUCGCAAACGAGCUCGAGCAGCCGAGUCGGACGAAACUCGAGAAGCUCGUCGAGCUCGUGACCGGUUGAGUCGCAGAUUCGCUAGAGCAGCUGAGUCAGAGGAAGCUCGAGAAAUUCGUAGAGCUCGUGAUCGGUUAAACCGCAGAUUUGCUCGAGCGACGGAGUCAGAAGAAGCUCGAUACCUUCGCCUGGCCAACAACGCUGCCUCUAAAGCCAGACGCCUCGCCGCUGAGUCCUACGAAGAACGUUUCGCCCGUCUGGCCGACAACGCGGCACGGCAGGCCAGACGCCGAGCGACCGAGUCGUAUGAGGAGCGACGUGCUCGACUCGCAAGAAACGCCGCGCGGCAGGCUAUGCGACGAGCCGCACAGUCAGAGGAAGCCGGAGAUGCUGGUCUGUCUGGAGUCGCCGAUGGUCAGGAGACAUGGACAGUAGCCGACCAGUACCGCCUGGACCAGUACCACCACCAACAAUCCUUCCAGCUGGAGCUGCAGGAAGAAUACGGAGAAAAGCUCAUGCUGUUUCCUUUUCCAAAGUGUUCUCACUGCGGUGCCCUCGUCUGGAAGGCACUUCCUGUUUCCUCUGCUGAGGCAGCAGCUUCCUGUGACACGCUGCUCUGCCACGACCACCAGUAGACCUCUGCUGCUUCAGCUGCAGGAUUCACAGGAGAACCGUCAGACCUGGAACCUGAGGAACCGAUGAACUGAUGAGGAUGGACUGAAGUUGAGUCUUUCUGGGAGGAAGGACCAGGAUAUUUCAGAACCUGGAUGUUCCUGAUCCUCCUGAAACUCUGAAGGAAAUAUUUCUACAUCUGCUGCUGAUUUGUGGUUCCACUGACAUGAAGCAUUAGAAUGACAAGAGUAGAGACUGUUCCACAAACAGUUCAGCAUCAGCUGUCGACACGUCUACACAGUUUCUAUCAGUCAUGCAUUUCUAUCACUAGAUAUAGAUUAUUAUCAGGAGGCUCCAUGUCUGUUAGAGUUCUAAGUAGAACCAGGAAACUGAGACACUAGAACAUGUGGAGCAGGCUGCUGGUCUCAGAUCAGCUGCAGAUGUUUCAUACAGCUGCUGUUCAGUCUGUUAUUAUUCCAGAUGUUUGGUGGACCUGUUCUUUUUCCAGAUGUUUGGUGGACCUGUUCUUUUUCCAGAUGUUUGGUGGACCUGACAGCAGGGCUGUGUGAUCAGAUAACGCUGUUGUUUUUCUGUCACAAAUUUUUUGACUUUAACCUUUUCAAAUCUUUUGAACGAUGGAGAUAGUUUCCCUGUAAAGGGAGUUUGUGGUUUCCUGUGGUAGGUGGGUUCUGUAGCUGCCUCUCCUCCAGAAUGUUCUGCAGUCUAAGAUUACUGCCUUCAUCUGCAGCCUUCAUCUGGUUUUUGUGGCUCACUGCUUUGAGGCUCGUAUUCGUGUUUGGUCAAACCGUGUUUCUUUCAGGGCUUGUAGUGCUUCUGGAAACAUUCAAUAUCAACAGACCUCCCAGCAGCAGCAGCUCCAGCGUGGAGGUGGAACCUCCGUGUUCUCCGCCCCGACGGUGGUUCUGCUGUAUGGCAACACCUUUGACCAAUCACACUUGAAGCCCUUUUUGCACUUACUACAGGUUUUUCCUUAUGUCUGAAUUCUUGCUUGUGUUGUACGUCGCUUUGGACAAAAGCGUCUGAUAAUGAAACUGUAGAAUUGUAGAAUGUCUAGCUGGAGUUGCUGUUUUUGAUUUUUAAACCUUCUGAGAGCAGAGACAAAGAUCAAACCUUCUCCAGGAGCACCAAGAGGUUGAGUCAGAGGAACAUUCUACCAGAAUAAUGACCUGCCAGUUACUUGAUCGCUCCAGUUCUGUUAGAACCUGUAGAACUUCUGUGGACCGUAUCCAUGACGACAGCCGGAGGAGGUCCAGCAGUCAGACAGUCACCAAGUCCUCUGAUUAUAAAACACUGUAGGCUGGAUUUCUGGAAAGUUUUCAAAUCUCAUCAGUGGCAGGUUUUUGAUGUUUUUUCUAAAGUAUAUUUUCUUAUUUGGUCUUGUUCUCCACAAUAAAUCCAAACCUGUUAGUUUGUCCUUUUCCAGGACCCGUCCACUUCCCCGUUUCCUGGCUAACUUUUAUUUAGAGUUUUAAAAUUUAAGUUAUUCAAAUUUCUUAUGAUUUUACUGUCAAUUAACUGUAAACAAGAAUAAAUGUAUAUAUUUAUAAUGUUAGGCUUGCUGGGUUUGGGUUUGUUUCCGUAGAGAUGCUUGCUUGUUUGUAUCGCGAGAUCUGACCUCACCGGCCACAGACUUCUUCUGUCCCCGCAGUCAGAGAGCCGAACACGGACAGCGGCGCUCUGCCUGCUGCCGGAUGGAUCUAGAACUGUGAGUUCUUCUGUAAAUGAGUUAAAAAUUAAAUUUAAUAAAACAGUUGGUUUAGUGUUUA